AUGUGUCCUGUGUGGCUAUUGGUUGCUGUGGUGGUUGUGGGCGGGACCAGAGGAGCUGUUAGCCAAUGCUGGGAGCAUCCGAGCUGCCGGGAGCUCAACUCUGACACCAGCAUGAUGGAAUGCAUCCAGCUCUGUCACUCCGACCUCACCGCUGAGAAGCCCGUCGUCCCUGGCAACGCCCAUCUGCAUCCUCCGCCUCCUCCAGACCCCUCCUCCUCCUCCUCCUCUUCCUCUUCCUCCUUCCUCCUCCCUCCCUCCUCCUCCUCCUCCUCCUCCCCUCAGGCCAAGCGCUCCUACUCCAUGGAGCACUUCCGCUGGGGGAAGCCGGUCGGCCGGAAGCGUCGCCCCGUCAAAGUCUACACCUCCAACGGCGUGGAGGAGGAGUCCGCCGAGGUGUUCCCCGGAGAGAUGAGGAGGAGGGAGCUGGCCAAUGAGCUGCUGGUGGCGGCUGCAGCGGAGGAGGAGGAGGAGGAGGAGGAGGAGGAGAAGGCUCAGGAGAUGCUGGCGGCAGAGGAGGAGGCAGAGGAGGAGGAGGAGGAGCAGAAGCAGCUCCUCCAGGAGAAGAAAGAUGGAAGCUACAAGAUGAAACACUUUCGCUGGAGCGGACCCCCGGCAGCAAACGCUACGGAGGCUUCAUGA